AGCCUCGCGCAGGUUUGAUGAUGAUCAUAAUCUAUUUGUUGAUCUGCAGACUGAGCUGAAAAGCCACUUGUGAUGGAGGUGCGCCACAACAAAAUUUGACCACCACCCAAAGAAGUUACCUUUUACCGCACGCGACGAGAGUUGUUUGUUCACGUAUAGAAGUUGUACGAGGAUGUAGUAAUUGCAGCUCAACAAAUUAUUCCGAUAACGUAUUCCUGAUACGAUAUAACUUCAGAAUAUGCACUUUGUGUCUAAAAAUACACUGACCUGGUAGAAAGAAGUACAUCCAGCGCUUGUUGCACCAGCCCGCCACAGCGUUGCCCUCGUCUGAGAUGCGGCGCCUUGAGCGGGACGUCGUUGCGGGCUCCUGUAAAUAGAUAAGCAGUCAUUUCAUUAUUAAUCACAUCUAAACUGCCUUUAUUUGCCAGAAGAUGGAAGGCCGGGAGCCUGUUAGAAAAAAUCUUUUUACUUCGCACCAUGAUUGAUUCUUCCCCGCGCAACAUGAGCUACGAUGCAGAUGAUGACGAUGUCGUUUACAACGACGACAAGGAUCUCGAGGCGGCUUUUACGGUGGCGGAACAAGAAGACGGCUCUGAUAUAACCUCGUCCAGCCGGCAUCUGAAGUCCCUCGUGGAGGAGGACAUUUUUUCCCAGACGCAGGUAACCGCCGCCCGGCGCAAGAAGCUCGCCCUGGAGUGGAGCCACCUCUCGUUCAAUGUCAAGGGCCGGCGCAUUCUGCACGACUGCUACGGGAAGGUCUACCCCGGCCAGGUGACCGCCCUGAUCGGCCCCUCCGGGGCGGGCAAGAGCACGCUGAUGAACCUGCUAGCGGCCCGGCAGGGCUGGGGACCACGGUUUCGGAGCGAGAGUCAAGAAGCGAAGAGCAAAAUUUUUGCAGGAUCAUCCGGAAUAAAGCAAGCCGACCAGGAACAAACAAAAGUACUAUCCACUUUCGCGGAGCCGGAAAAAGAAAAGCGGCUGAAGCAGCAGCUUCUCGUUCAUCCGGGCGAUGAUGAAAUGAAUGGCGCUGAAGUAGAAGAGGAGUCCGAGUCACAGGACCCGGAUCCUGAGGGCGACGAGGACGAAAACGAAGAUGAUAAAGAUUUUGAUAUCAAGAUGGAUCUGGGAACUACCAAGAAACGACAAGCAACGACCACCAGCAGAACCAGUAGCUCUAGAAGUACUCGUUCCACGAAGAUCACCACCGGCAUUCUUCCCGGGGCGCAGAUCCUGUACGGGCGCAAGCCGGUGAGCUUUGAGGAGCUAAAGUCCUCGGUGGGGUACGUGAUGCAGCAGGAGGCGCUGAUGGAGAUUAUCAUGCAGAAACAAGCAGGCAAGGCAUAUUUGUGACCCAGAAAGGAGUUAACAGGCAAAAUGAGCCCAUAGCAGGAUCCUGUUUAGGAUGCGCAGUGCAGAUUUUUCUGUGUAUUAAUUUUUGCAUGACAACCAUGCCCUGUGCCUACUUUUUUCUGUGCGAUAGAGACGGAGACCGUCGAAGAACAAAUCCGGUUCGCGGCGGCGUUGCGGACCCCCCUGCUGAACGUGCCGCCGAAUGCGGUAUCAAAUGCAAAAGUGUCUGGCUCUGGAAACUUGUGAUGCUGGGUGGCGUAUCAUGAGGAGGCCACAAGUUCUGGCUCAGCAUGACAAGUUGCUGAGCUUCUAGGUGUUGCCUAUUCUGCAUGACAAACUGCGUUUCUGCAUGACAGAAAAAUGGCGCUCUUGGGUAACGUGCGUGACAGAUUUGAGAGUCAUGCCAGACAAGCAUGGCAAACAUGCACGCUUCCAGACCCAGACAUUUUUACAUUUGAUAUGCGGUGAAGCGGAGCAACUGCAAAAAAACCCGGUACUCCGAGGAAAACGCGGAAAACGUGCUCGAAACCCUGGGGCUGCAGAGCGCGCGCGCCACGAGGACCGGUGCGCUCUCCGGGGGGCAGAAGAAGCGGGUCUCCGUGGGCGUGGAGUUGGUCACGAGACCGGCGAUUGUCUUUCUAGACGAACCCUCCACGGGCUUGGACAGCUACAGCACGCUCCGGCUCUUCUCUAUCAAAUGCAAAUAUGUCUGGAUCUGGCAAGGGUGAACCUGUAUUGCGUGUUUCGCAUUCCUAAAAAAUCUGUAUGGCAUAAGCAGCAGAUAAAGCACCACACUUUCGUCAUGCAAAAAUGCACACUCAGUCAUGGCCACUAAGCACUACAAGUUUCAAGACCCAGACAUAUUUGCAUUUGAUAUUCUCCCACCUGCGCCAGUACGCGGUGGAGCAGAACGCGAUCGUAUCGUGAGAAAAAAAUGUUACAGUUACACGUUUGUUGGAGUUUCUGCAACACAAAUUUUCUCUGUGUGGCAGAGAGAACUUGGAAUGCGAAGAUCAUAAAGGGAAAACAGGAAGGAAACGAGGCUCCCAAGCAUUUCCUGCAUGAGAAAGGUUGUCUGUGUUGCCGCUCUUGCAACACAAUGUGUAACUGUAACACUUUUUUCUUGCGAUAGAUCGUGGUGUGCACGGUGCACCAACCGAGCUCGGAGGUUUUUGACUACUUCGACCGUGUGAUCUGCAUGCGACAGGGGGCGGUGCUGUUCCAGGGGUGGAACGGAAAGGCGGCAAGGGCGUAUUUGCGCGAAAACGGGCUGUCCGCGACGUCGAUGAUGCAGCAGGAAGAACAGGGAGGGAACGACAAGAGCGCUGCUCGAAUGAACAGUAGUAUGAGUCCGCCGGAAGACGUUUUAUCCUGAGUAAAAACUACUACGUGGCCACUUCUUCCGCAGAGGUGGGACGCAGGUGAUUUUGAACACUGCUAAUGCGCAUCCGAAUGUUGAGAGGCAUCUUUAGUCGUGUAGAUCUGGCGUUACAGAUGUAAUGCUCUAGGUAAACAGGGUAGUAUACGAGUUUUUGGGCUUUGAUGUGAAGAUCAUGCCGCCUAAUUUUUUUACCUGCACUACUACACAGCAUGCGUAAAGAAACUUGUCAACAUGCAAAGGCCCCAAAAGUUCUGGACUUGUCUUGCAGACACCACUGCCCGUUUUGACGAUAGAGUCCUUGUGGGCGGGACGUUUUUACUCAGGAAAAACCAAACCGCGAUCGCUAUCCCUCCAUUCGGCGGCCUUUGGACUCGGAGUCACCAGCAACACAAAUUCUGUGCAAAUAACAACAACUACCCGGCUAACGCAGCAAAAAACUUUCCUGGACGAGAUGCACGGGGCUGAGAAAUCCAAGCUCGUCGUCUGGAACACAAUCAAAGGGUUCCUCGACCCGAUGGAAUUCAACGGGGUCCGAGGGAUUCCCGAGGGGGUGAACAUCGCUUCCUGGCUCCUCCUCCUGGCGCAAAUGGUCGACGAGGAGACCGCGAUGCGUUAUCGUGUUUAAAAAAUUCGUCCCCAUCCCAUAGUUGUAAUGCAAAUCUGCAUGCUGAUAAUGUUUCUCAUGCGGAGCCCCAUGAGAAGCAUUGUCUAGUCGCGUUUUGGAUUUUGUCAUGCUCCAAUCAGCAUGAUAGUGCUAGAUCUGUGAUGCUGCUGAACUACCUCUGAAACAGUACUACACUCCGAGUUCAGAUUUGUCAUGCAAAACAGUCAAAACUUGUGGACUUGUCCAGCCGAUUUUUCCCCAUCUUGACUCUGGGGCGGUGGGGACGUUUUUCCAUAGGAUAUGCGUUUGGCGUUGCUCACGUCCCGUGUCUACGAGCGCACCGAGCACCCGGUGCUACCGGUUGACCCAGAAACGGGUCGAAGUAAACACCUUCUCCCGAUGCUGAUGCGCAACAGCUUGUUCGGGGGGGAGCUGGACCUGUUCAGUGAUGGGAACAAUUCAACCACAUCCGGCUCGACCCCCUCGUCGAACAAAAGCGGAUCGGGGUUCGAACCGAGACCCAAUCUCUUACUGGAGCAGACGGCCGAGAUCAAGUGCAACCUCGACGUGGGGCUCGUGCCCAACCUGCUGCGCCAGAAGCAUUUGAGCGAACAGUACCUGCGGAACUUAAGUGGCUAUUUGGCGGCCGACGACAUGGGCAAGCAGGAGGUGUAUGACCAACCGCCACCGGCCGCGGGCGCAAACUUGGGAAAUUUCUCCUGCCAGUUCCGCAUUCUGGCGUACCGGGAAUUGACCCACCUGUGUCGCUCGCGCGGGAUGCUGCUGGCGCGACUGCUGAUUCCGGCGAUUCAAAUCUUUUUCUACGGGAUCAUCUUUUUCCUGGCCGGCCGGCAGCUGCUGUCCGGGUCCGUGACCGGGUUUCCCGGGCUGGAGUGGCUCGGGGUGGCCCGAGAAGAUAACAUAACCGGGAAUAAUAAACUCGAGACGGAGCAGCAGUGGAACAAAAAGUUGAUGGAAGUGUUCGGCGCCACGGGGCAGCCGUUCUACACGUUGACCACGCAGUCGGCCGGGCAGUUGAUCCUGACCAUUCCGCGAGAGCGGGUGCUGUUUCUGCGGGAAUACUCGUCCGGGAUGUACAGCAUCACGACCUACCUGUUGGCGAAGCUCAGCGUGGAGCUGCUGGUGAUUUUCGCCCAGUCGGUGCUUCUGCUUCUCCUGCAGUGGAUCCUGGUCGGGUUCGCCGCCGAACUGAUUCCCGCGUUUUUCGGCCUGCUCCUCAUGAACUCGCUGGCGUCCGGGUCUUUAGGGAUGUUCAUUUCCUGCCUGGUUGCCGACUACGGGUAUCCUGGGUAAAAACGUACCCACACCAGAGUGUUAAUGCAGAUUUGCAAAAACAGGAAGACUUGUAAUGCGCAUCACAUGAGAGCCAUUUCCAAUCGUGUUUUGGAAUUUGUGAUGCUGUGAACAGGAUGAGCCGAUGAAUCUGUGAUGCGGCUGCACUGGCUAACCUGCACUACACUGCAAAGUGCAACUUGUCAGGCGUGACUCACAAAACUCCUAGGUUUGUUGCAAAAUCCCCAUCCUGGCUCUGGUGUGGGUACGUUUUUCCUCAGGAUAACGGGGAGGUUGCUCUCUACAUCCAGCCCAUUUUUUUCCUCACGCUCAGCUCCGCGUUGUCCGGCAAUUUUCGGCCCAUCACGGAGAUUCCCUGGGCGCUGCGGUUAUGCAUUGCAAAUAUGUCUGGGUCUGGAAGGAUGCAACGUUUGUCAUGCACAUUUCGCAUGACUCCUGGUCCUGACGUCUGUGAUGCAUGCCCUAGCAUCACAGAUUUCGCGAGGGCUACUUCAUGCCUAUACCGCAUGAGAAACGCCCUCUCGGCGUGGCAAAAAUUGGACCCGUUUUGCUGUUCAUGCAAUACAGAUUUUUGUAGUAUUCACAUGCAGCAUCACAAGUUACAUGCCUCCAGACAUCCAGGUAUAUUUGCACUGGAUAGCAGUGGACGGGGUACAUUUUCCCCACGGCGUUCAUGACGAAGACGCUGGAUUUCUUACUCUAUCAAAACGUGGAAAACCAGCUGUGGCCGGGCGAAGUGAGUGACCAAGCCCGGGACGUGCUGAUCGCGGCUCGGGACAAGAGAUUCGAAAAAAGGGCGCUGUCCAGCGAGAUUUUGCUCACGAACUUUUUCGGGCUGGCGGCACUCUUUGUUGGCUACCGGGUGCUGGCGGGGAUCGUUCUCCGGGUAAACAGCAGGACGAUGUACUGAACCAUCGGAAAGAUGAGCAGGACCGCACUAGAAUCGAAUGGAAGUAGAGGAAACGAUCGUGUCCGAGCCUGGCGUGCUCCGCUUUCUCCUGUGUGUAGUGUUUCGUAGUACAUGCAAAAUAUUGUCAUUGAAAAGAGUAUGAGUAAGUGCUAGUAGCGUAUAUUACAACAUCAGAAGUACUUCGAGUUGUAGAGUGAAUAUCUUACCGAUGAACUGCGAAACGCAACAAAAAUGAGUACCUGCGAAACGCAAAAACACUGAAAAUUAGUGACCGCAGCUGUUGCUGCGCGCACAGAAGGAGAGUCGACCAGAAGUACGCAAUGAAUGGACGAACAAGCGAGGAUAAUAUGUAGAUUUUGCAUUCUUCGAUUCACGUCGUGCACACGACGGCAGUUUCCCGUGAGGCGCCACAACCUUUUCUCUUCUUACGGGCGGACCGCAGAUGAAGUUCCGGUGGCGAGGAUUUGUUGCGCCGAUCUUCACCACAGGAUCGACUCCAACACUUUCAGAUGCGGAAAUGUACUUUAAGUACCACAAUGAUCAAUGUGCCGAAGAGGAUCUGAUAAGGAGGAUCUGUCUACCUGCAACGCUCGUGGUUUGCCAUGCCAUCAUCGGACCUUGCUCAGCGGGAAGAAAAACGCGCAUGCGAAAAAGAGUCUCGGUUCUGAUCUCGCACCUUUGAGACCUGCUCAGCAAAGGCGGAAUUUCGGUGUCCACAAGAUGUUGGUCUGUUGAGAAGAGGAUCGAAGACAAGUGGGUC